AUGACCAACGGCGACAUGGACGCUUCAAUGCCUCCUGAUUUGGACGAUCUGGGCAUCUCGUCUCUGCUAGAGGCUACAGAUGGCCUGGUUGCGCAGUACCUGCCGAGCGAUCCUGUCGAAGGCUUGCCAUCCGAUCAACCGCCCGUCCCGACGACCGAGACCAGUGUCCCCCCUGCAGAGCCCACCACAUCCGCGCCCGAAGCGACCCCCUCCACAGCGCAAGCCACGAAUGGUACUACGACUGAAACUCAAGACUCGACGAACGAUAUUCUUGCUCUUGUCGCGCAGAGCACACAAGAAUACGUCCGUACUACUCUGAACAACCUCUCUCCGGCGCCAUAUCAACCGACCGUGCCAACACCGACGGGAGCCGCCCCAGUCACACAGACGACGUAUCUGUCACACCUGCAACAGACUCAGCAGCAGUCUCCAUAUUACGGGUACCCGCCCCCGGUCGAGCAACCGCCGCAGCCUGCUUCUCACGACAGCAACGAAAAGCUUCCCCCCAGUCAGAGUCUGCCCAGCGCCGUGCUUUACGACAGAGCUCGCCAAGCGGCGUUAAGCAAAACCAACAACCAGCAAAGACGGGAGGGUACUACUUCAACAAGACGUCCUUGGACGCAAGAGGAGGAGAAGGCGCUCAUGACUGGGCUGGAUAUGGUUCAGGGGCCCCACUGGAGUCAGAUCCUGUCGCUUUUCGGUGCCGAGGGCACGCUUUCGAAUAUACUCAAGGACCGGACCCAAGUGCAGCUGAAGGACAAGGCGCGAAACCUGAAGUUGUUCUUCUUGAAAACGAACUCGGAGAUGCCUUAUUAUCUGCAAGCUGUCACCGGCGAACUCAAGACGCGUGCGCCCACGCAAGCAGCUCGCAAGGAAGCCGAAGAGCGAGCUCGAAUGAACUCGGAGGAGGAGCAAGCUCGUGUACAAGGCAUCAUGACUCUUGCUGGCGGUCUCCAGCACCCGCAGCAGAACCGCCCGAGUGUGGCGCCGCCGACCGCACCAAGCACACCCUCACAGUCUGCUGCCCAGAUGUCGCACCACAUGGCCGCCCACGCCACGACGCCAACGCACGGUGCUGUGUCUGCACCGCCUGCGACACCGGUCGCUGCUACGCCCACUCACGCCCGAGUUCCGCAUGCCUCGUCACCAUACGCUGCAACAGCUGCCCAGCUAUCCCAAACCCCCCACCACGCCCUCUCGCAAGCGCAAGCGCAGCCGCAUACGCCGUCACACUCUCACAUUCAACAACAUCACUCCCACCCGGGAACGCCCCAGCCGCAACAUCAUCAGCAGCAACCGCAACCACCUCAGCAAGAGCAUGUUCAGCCGCAGGUCUCUCAAGCCGCGGAGCCUGCACCACAAUACUCAACAGACUCGUCGGCGCCAGUCUAUAGUCAAGAGAAUGAAGAUCUCAAGGAGGCGGCGCUGAUGCAGAGUUUGCGCGAGCUCGAGGCGUACAGCGGCGGCAGCACCAGCUUGUCAUAG